CCCGCCCGGGCUGGCGGCAGGUUAAAGGUUGUUCUAGGGCCUCGUUGAAGACUCGUGUUGCGUCGGGUGAGCAUCCUCACGACUACGGGCGUCAGAUUUUCUACACUUGGCCAUUGAACCGGGAGGUCAUGUUGCAAGCCGGCGCAAAGAAGUUGUGUCCACUACUGCGCAGUGUGUGUGCUGUGAAACGGGCACACAUCCCCCGGGUCUUACAAGCGCGCCCGCUCAGCACCGGACUGGGCGGCUAUACGCCGACGGACUCGGUCGGCAGCGAUGGCUCGGAGGUGCGCCCCCAGUUCCCGGGCGCCACCGCCAGCUGGACGCACGAGCUCGAGUUCGUCAACGCCGACCGCUACAACGGCAUCCCCAUCUACCGCGUCAUGGACCGCGACGGCAAGAUCAUCCGGCCGGAGGAGGAGCCCAAGAUUCCCGACGGUACCCUGGUGGAAAUGUACAAAAAGAUGACACUGCUUAACACGAUGGACAAAAUUCUCUACGAAUCUCAGCGGCAGGGAAGGAUAUCCUUUUACAUGACCAACUACGGAGAGGAGGGCACCCACAUGGGCUCGGCGGCCGCGCUCAAGCCCGAGGACUUUGUCUAUGGACAGUACCGCGAGUCAGGUGUCCUGAUGUACCGCGGCUUCACCCUGGACCAGUUCAUGAACCAAUGCUACGGCAACGAGAUGGACGAGGGAAAGGGUCGCCAGAUGCCCGUCCACUACGGGUCGCCGGCCCUCAACUUCAGCACCAUAUCCUCGCCGCUUGCCACGCAGAUGCCGCAAGCGGUGGGUACGGCGUACGCCUUCAAGCGCAACCAGGAGGACCGCUGCGUGAUCUGCUACUUCGGCGAGGGCAGCUCCAGCGAGGGCGACGCGCACGCCGCCUUCAACUUCGCCGCCGUCCUGGACACGCCCGUCAUCUUCUUCUGCCGCAACAACGGCUACGCCAUCUCGACGCCGACGCGCGAGCAGUACCGCGGCGACGGCGUCGCCAGCCGCGGCCCCGCCUACGGCAUCGCCUCCAUACGCGUGGACGGCAACGACACGCUGGCCGUGUACAACGCCACGGCGGCCGCGCGCCAUAAGGCCGUCACCGAGAACAAGCCCGUGCUGAUCGAGGCCAUGACGUACCGGAUCGGCCACCACAGCACGUCAGACGACAGCUCGGCGUACCGCUCUGUGGACGAGGUGCGCUACUGGGACUCCACGGACCACCCCAUAGCGCGCAUGCGACUCUAUCUGUCGCACAAGGGCCUCUGGGACGAGGGCAAGGAGAGGGACUGGAAGAACUCGGCCAAGAAACAGGUGAUGGAGUCGUUCCAGCAGGCCGAGAAGCGACCCAUCGCCAACUGGGAGAACAUGUUCACCGACGUGUACCAGGAGCUGCCGCCCCACCUCGAGACCCAGAUGAAGUCCAUGCGCGAUCACAUGAAAGAAUACGGCAAGCACUACCCGGCUACCAGUGAUAAGAAAUAGGACGAUCUCGCCGAUCCAGUUGAUAAUCGCGUCAGCUGAUUGCUCAGCUGAUGCGUCUUGCGACCGGCCAGUGCGUGUCUGUCACUCAUCUCGGUGACUUUUAGCGGUCGUAAUGUUACGGCUUCGUGAGGAAUGCCUCGUGAUUUAUGGCAGGCCAUCGUGCGGGCAAUCACGCGAGAGCGCGGCGUGUAGUAUGACCACAUCGCUGUGGAAUUCUGUGCAAUAUGCGCUGGAGGAGAUACGGCAUAACUCUCAUAGUGCGAUGCUCCAGAAGUUUUGUAAAGCGUCCGUUAGGCGUUUGAUCUUGCCCAAGGAUUCUGUUUAUGCGUGGAUUGGAGUGAUACAGUGUCAGUAAAUGACGUGCUACCAAAAAAA